UCGCGCAUGCGCAUUAAAUGCCGGUAGCUGCUGUUUUGGGGAAGGGAAGGUACCAGUGGCUGCAGGAAUAAUGGAGAAUCCUACUGUUAAUAAUGAAGAUGACAGUAGAACAAACCUCACAAAUGAAGUAGAGUCUUCUCUGAAUGCAGAGUUUCACCAAGACAUCACACAAGAAGAUCAGGAGGAAGUCCUUUUUCAUGAAGAAACUAUUGACCUUGAUGCAGACACAUUUGAGUCUGAAGAAAAUGUCACCUUGUCAGAAGACUCCGGAAACUUGUUGGAUAAGCUGAAUGAACAAAUGAUGGAGAGUGUAAUUAUUUCUGAUUCUCCCAACGUUAGCGAAGAUGACGUUGGCGAGCUUGGUUGCCUACAAGAUAUCGUUGAUGAGAUUGAAAAUAGUAACCCUCUUGGAUUUGGGCACGACAUGGACAAGGAAUACCAUAUGGAUGUGCAUAAACAGAGAAACUCAGAGCCUGACGUAACACCUGAGAAUUCUGCUUCUGAGGUCCCACCCUCUCCAGAAGAGUCUACAAAGUCUUCAGAGAUAAGUCUUGAAACUGAAACCAUAAAUAAAAAUAUUCCAGUGACAAGUGGUGAACACCAAGAAGAAUUAGUUACUCCGGUUAAUAAACCAUCUCAAGCGAAGGAACCCAUCCCUGUUUGUACUAUAUUCAGUCAAAUUAAUGCACAGCAACCUUUUUCAGUAAAUGACGUAUUUGAACCUCAAUUGGUAAAAUCAUCUAGUUUUGGAGCUGAGAUUAAAGGCCCUGUACAGACUCUUGCACAAGUUGUCCAGCCCAGUCCCAGUUUAAGUAAUUUUUUCUCGGAUAAUGUUAGUACCCACUCUUCGGCUGCCGAGUUUUUUGAUUCCUUCACCACUUCUUCUUUCAUCUCAGUGAGCAAUCCAAACGCGACUCCAUCUGUUAGUGAGCGGAGCUCUGCUCCUGCAACCCAAACAACUGCAACUUUCCAAGAACCUGCUAGCGUCAACUUUUUUGUUGGAAGUAAAUCACUUGAGUCAAGUGGUUCUCCAACAUCUUUAGAGAUCCCCCAGUCUCCAAAGCCGUUCUCUCAGAUUCAUAGUGUUUUUGCUGGAAGUGAUGAUCCCUUUGCCACAGCAUUAAACAUGAGUGAAAUGGACAGAAGGAAUGAUGCUUGGCUGCCGUCAGAAGAUACUAGAAACUUGCUAAUUACUGUAGCCACUCAGCAGUACAGCAAUGUGUUUAUUGACAAGGAGAAGCUCACCAUGCCAGGUUUAAAGUUUGACAAUAUUCAGGGGGAUGCUGUUCGGGAUCUCAUGCUCCGUUUCUUAGGGGAACAAGCUGCCAUGAAAAGACAGGUUCUUACAGCUGGAUCUGUAGAGCAAACAUUUGUGGGAUUGAAGCAACUCAUUAAUAGCAAGAACUGGAGAGCAGCAGUGGACCUUAGCGGAAGGCUUUUAACUGCCCAUGGACAAGGAUAUGGCAAGAGUGGUCAACCUACGAACCACACUACAGAUUCUUUACAGCUGUGGUUUGUAAGACUGGCACUCCUGGUGAAGCUAGGCCUUUUUCAGAAUGCUGAGAUGGAGUUUGAGCCAUUCAAAAAACUUGAUCAAGCUGAUCUUUACUAUGAGUACUACCCACAUGUUUAUCCUGGACGCAGAGGGUCCAUGGUCCCAUUUUCAAUGAGGAUUUUACAUGCAGAGCUACACCAGUACCUCUCUAACCCUCAGGAGUCUUUAGAUCGAUUGCACCAUAUGAAGAUGAUUUGCCAACAGAUACUAGACAAUUUGGAGAAAGGACUAGCAGAGGAUGGGAGUAUGAUUACAAUGACCCAGAGUAACCGGAAUGCCUCUGUUCAGCUGUGGAGGUCACGUCUGGGCCGGGUGAUGUACUCCAUGGCAAACUGUCUGCUAAUGAUGAAGGACUACGUGCUGGCUGUAGAUGCUUAUCACACAGUUAUAAAGUAUUACCCAGAGCAAGAGCCGCAAUUGCUGAGUGGCAUCGGACGAAUUUUUCUUCAGAUUGGAGACAUAAAGACAGCAGAAGAAUAUUUUGAAAAUGCAGAAAAAGUUGUACAGAGCUUGGAUACACAGGAUGAAACGCAAAACAAAAUGUUGGUUUUGAUGAAUAGGGCCUUUCUUCACCUUGGUCAAAAUAAUUUUUCAGGAGCACACAAGUUCUUCACAGAAGUUCUAACAUUAGAACCUGCAAAUGCUGUGGCGAAUAACAAUGCUGCGGUUUGCCUACUCUAUUUGGGCAAAUUAAAGGAUUCCCUCAGGCAUUUGGAAGGAUUGGUUCAGCAGGAUCCCAAACACUAUCUCCACGAGAGCGUUCUUUUCAAUUUGACAACUAUGUAUGAGCUGGAGUCAUCCCGGAGUAUGCAGAAGAAACAAGCUCUGCUAGAGGCAGUAGCUGUCAAAGAAGGUGACAGUUUUAACACUCAGUGUCUGAAGCUGGUAUAAUUCUUUCACUGCUAAUUUCCCUUCCAGUGAGAGAGACUGAAAAAAAAUCUGUAUAUAUUUCGGCUUGGAAUGUAAAUGGUAUUUGUAGGUUUAAAUAAAA